CACAGUGCAGCCACAUGAUCUUUUUUAUAUUUAUCAAAACAGCAGAACAGGUUCUUUCUGCCUCACUGCAGACAGCAUUCUUCAAACACUCUUUGACCUUAUAAAAUCAUUUGCUUAUAAUAGAAUUGCUUAUAACAUUUGUUUUAACAAGAAAAUGUGGAAAAAUUUCACACUAUCCACAGCUGGACUAAUCGAGUGACAACUUUAGGUGUGACAAUUUACCAGAGCAGGUUUUUGAGAAGAACAGUGAAGGAGAGAGAAAUGGCAGAAACACACAAAAAUGAGUUUCAGCUUGUUGGUCCUGAAAAACAUCGAGUUCAUGUGUCAGUAGGGUCUGAAUUCACAGUGCGAUGUCACCUGUCUCCUAAAGUCAGUGCUGUUGACAUGGAGAUCAUUUGGUUUAAGGAGACAAACUGUGUGUGUCUCUAUAAGAACAAAGAGGUGAUUGAGGGGAGGGGAUAUGAGGGCAGAGUGAGACUGUUCAAUAGCAAGAGAGGAAAAAUUUCCUUACUCAUGAGAGAGUUCAGAGAAUUCGAUGUUGGAGAUUAUCUGUGUCAGGUCACCUGUGCAGACAAAACAGAGGAGAUAACAGUAGGAGUAAGAGAGCUGCAAGCAGAGAGACCAGCAGAAUUCCCAGGUCAUCAAAUAGAUGUUGCGAGAGGUGCACUUGGUAUAACCAAAAUACAAAUGGAAAAGAUAAAUAGAGCUUGGACCAAAGAGGAAAGAAAGAAAAUGAAGGAAUCCAUUCUAAUGGCAGUUCAGUUUCAAGGGAUGGAUUUUGGACAGGUGGUGGAGGUUCUCCUAAAUGAUAAUGACAUAAGAAAUAAACUGCAGAAACAACUGGAGGAGGAAAAACAACAGCAGCAAAAAUAUGUGAGUGGAGAAGUCUCUACUUCAGUGUCUCCAGUGACGGUUCCUAAUCCAAGUGGAGAUGAUGCUCAGGUCUUACAGCUGCUGAAGAAGAUUGACAAAAUGGUUGCAGGAAACAACAGCAGUGAGAUCUACUUAGACUUUUUACAGAUAGAGAAAAUAAUUGAGAAAGAAAUAAAGAAAUUCAAAGAAAGACAGCAGAGAGAAAUUAGAGAGAAACUAGAGAGAAAAAUACAAGAGGCAUUGCACAGAUUCACAGAUAAAAUCAAGAGUCUAGAGGAAAAGAUAUCUCAGAAUGCAAAAAGAAUUACUGAGCUUGAAAGAAAAAUGAAAGAAGAAAGAGAUGAAGCAAAAAUUAAGGAGCUAGAGAGAGAGCUGGAGAGAGAGAAACAGAAAAGGCAGAGAACUGAGGAGAAUCUUAGAGAAUACACUGAAAAGUGGGAGAAGGAGAGGGCUGAAAUGGAAGUGAGACAGCAACAGAAAAUGGAGAAGAUCAUGAUGUACUUAAGAGAGAUCCUUCCUCAAAUCAUAAAUAUUGUUUGUAAUUGGAAACUUUCAAAGACUCUGUCACAGAGUGUAGAAAUGCAAGAAAUGUUGGACUUGACAGCACCAAAAAGGAGAAGAAAUAGCAUGGAUGUACCUCCAGUGGUGAGUGCAGAAAGCUCCAUUCCAAACUCUCCAGUGUUGGCUCCUGGAUCAGAACUCAGGCUGGUUCUUAUGGGGAGGUCUGGAUCUGAGACGAGUGCAGCAGGAAACAUGGUUCUAGGCAGAGAGGAGAGGAUCCAUAGUGGAACAUCUACAGAGAGCCAGCAGAUUGAGAGCAGACAGGGGGAGGUGGCUGGGAGGAAGGUGACUGUGGUCGAAACGUCUGACUGGUUCUGCUCGGGACUCUCUCUGGAUGAGCUGAGACAGGAUGUUGAACUCUGUGUCCGUCUGUCUGCUCCAGGACCCCACGCCUUCCUCCUAGUUAUACCAGUGAAAGAGUCUGCUGGAGAGGAGAGAGAGAUACUGGAGAAAAUGGAAGAGAUCUUUGGAGAAAGGUGUUGGAGGAACACCAUGGUCCUUAUCACGGUUACUGAUGAAGAACAAGAGAAGAACAUUGAAAAGUUUGUCCAAUCAGGCCAUCAGGAGUUCCAGAGACUUAUAGAGAAAUGUGGGAACAGGUUUCAUUGUCUGAACAUUAAUCAGAGUGGAGAUGAUUCUCAGGUCUCACAGCUGCUGGAGAAGAUUGACAAGAUGAUGGCAGGAAACACAGAGAGAUUCUACAGCAGUGAUAUCUACCUGCUUAAAUCUCAGAUUCAAGAGAUGGAGAUAAAGCUCAGGAGGGAGAAAGAAGAGAGUGAUACACUUCACAGACGAAAUGAGGAAAUGGAAAGGGAGAUACAAAUAUUGAUACAGAAUCUCGCAGAGUUCAAACCAAUUCAAGAUUCAAAGUGUAUUAUUUCCUGAUUGUAUACUCCUGUACUGACCAUAGCAUAAAAAAUAUAUAUAUAAUGAGAAGAAGAUACUUAUUAAACCCAAACCCUUUUCCUGAGGAACACAUAAUAUGGACUUUGAGUCAGUUUUUGCUAUGGUUGGAAUGGCCCAGCUACAACUAGAAGUUGAAGUCACUAGAUAUAACCUACUAACUUUCAACAAGAUACAACUAGAGAGACCACAGGAAUUAGGGAAGAGCUGAAAAGACUAUAAUUAAUGAAUAUGCAGAAUAGACUUGUGUAGCAGUGGCAGAGGGAGGAGUGUGUGUAACAGUGGGAAUAGACUGUUGGCCAUUUAACAUGUUUAGUGGAUAGAAGAAGGCUGUGAUAAAAUUACUAACACCAGUUAUAAUAAUACUGAUGCAGCACAGUAAGAAUUAUUAUUAAGCACAUUAACACCUAUUUACUGAGUAAUGGAGUAUUUAUAAGAGAUUAUGAUUCAGAUAUUAUCAUAACAGUGUCUGUGUGCUCAAUUGAUAUUAUUAAAGGGUACAUAUCACACACAGUUUCUGCCAAUCUCAUGUUAAUCUUGAGUACAUAUAGAGUAGUAGUGCAUUCUUCAUAUCUCUGAAAAGUCUUUAGUUUUAUCAUAUUUAUAAAAGAUACAUACGCUGUACCGAGUCUUUCCGAAAACAGCCGAGCUCCUGGAGGCGUGUCCUGUGAGCGGAGCUAAAGAGUCACAAGAACGCGCAGCUUUUGUGUAGAGAUCAUCUGCAAGCUAUGAAUGGUCAGCUAAACAACUGUAUUUAAACACACACAAUACACCAUCACAUUAUCCCUGGAUAACUUUUGAAUCACUGUAAUGAAUAUAGCGUAUAGUGAAUGAUGAAUAAUGAAUUUAUGAAUUCACUACGUUCGUGUUGUUUACAUUAUAUGCACUUAGGCGCCUAUUGCCAACAAAACAGACAUUUGAAGCAGUUUUACUCUCCACCUCAUGACUGGGAUCAUUAUGACUGUUACCGCUCCAUCUUUCAGUUUCAAACGAUCUGUAAAUCCAGCGUUGAACUGGGCCUUGUUUAUGAAACCAUAAGCACCGAUCCUGAGGACUCGAGCAGCCACGGAAAAACACCAGAUAUUCUUCAUUCAUUUUAACCAAUAAAAAAAGUGAUUGCAACUACCAGACAUGACUUUAUCCUUAUUUUGAUAGUUAAUUUAAGGCAGUUUCUAUGGUUAUUUUAAUGACAAAUAUCAAGAGUGCAUCGAUGUAAUGCAUGAGCACAAAACUCUCAGCUCUACUUAACACUGGGUUCUUUGGGAAGCAAGGUUAU